GCUACUUGUGCUGUUGGGUCUGAGCCGGAGAUGGAGAUGUCGCAGCAGUUCAGCGGCCACUGCGGACAAUAUCAGCUCCUAUUGCGGGUAUAGUGACCUCAGUGCCCGGCUGACGAGGAACCCCUGAUAGCUGCUGACCGCGGGACCUGGCUUCACGCACUGACGUAUUUAAAGGUUUCUGAUUUUCCAGUUGUUCCGACACUCCCUAUCUGUUGAACGCAUGUUUGAAGGUUAAAUCGAGAUGUGCCUGGUCUCAACUUGGGAUUUCCCAUUUGCAGCAUAUGUAGAAUUGAUUGUUUGCUGCUUGGGGAAUGAUGGGGUGAUUGAAGUGUAAGACAGAUAGUUCAGAGUGUCAGGUGAAUCUUCAACCCUUUUCCUUCAAGUCUACACCUGGAGGUUCUGGAGACAUGGACAAGAUAUUAGAAGCCGUGAUGUUGUCCCAACAUCCAACUUCGGUAAAGCAUAGCCUUGUGAGACAUAUUUUAGAGGCAGCGAAGAAACCUCUCGACAGUCAGCAGUGUUUGGCUAUGUUUGAGUUGUCUACAAAGCUUAUUCUGUUGGGUGAUACAAAUUUCAAAAAAGAUGUGGGCAAAGAGGUUCUAGAGGCCUUUGCCCAGAAUCACACUGCAGAGUUUGAGAGUUUUUUUAAUGCAAAGUUUAUCUUGAAACUGGUGCAAGAUGGUUAUGGAACACUGAGCAUAAGGAGUGUUGGUAUUUUAGAGUAUAUCCAUCUAGGAUUGAAGUACAUUCAAGACAAUCCUUCUGCCGAUGAAGUAUUUCAUGUCCUUCAAAUUGAGCUUCUCCGAAUAGUGUGCGAGAAACCGGGAUCAAAACUUUGUGCCAGCAUUAGUAAACUUCUUGUUGAAUUUCCUCGGUGUAUUCCCAGUGGAAAGUUUCAAGUGGUAUUCUGCCAGCAACUUGUUAGAAGCAUAGGGCAGUUCCAAUUUGGAUCAGAAGAGGAAGAUGAAAUAGUGGAAUUCCUGGACCAAGUAAAUAAAGUAAGCGGUUUGUUACAGAGGAUUUGGCGGACUCGAACUGCAGCCAUUAUUCCAUCCUUGCGGGAGCUGUUCACUAUUAUUUCAUCAGAAGGAUCUGAGGGGCCAUCAAAUGCAUUGGCCACUGUUGUCCAGUAUGUUCCCUUGGAACUCAUGGAUGGGGUUAUUCGAAACUUGACCAAUGAUGAUUCCAUUACAGAUAAAGAGCUGAUGACUGCUUUGACCAAUAUGGUUGAUUGGCUUUCAUGGCCAUUAGCCAGAAACAUAGACAAGUGGAUUAUUGGCUUACUGAAAGGCUUGGCUGCUGUGAAAAAGUUCAGCAUUUUGAUCGAAGUCACACUUUCAAAAAUUGAACAGGUGUUCUCAAGGUUAUUUUAUCCAAUUGUAAGAGCAGGAGCCCUUGAUGUAUUGAAAUACAUGUUGCUUAGUUUUCAACAUUCACCAGAAGCUUUCCAUGUGCUUGUCUCUGAUAUUCCCAAAUUAGUCGUGUCACUGUCUAAAGAGGAAUCUAACUCUGGCACAAGCUGUCUUCAACAGUUGUCUGAAUUGGUGCACUGCAUGAUCUUCCGAUUUUCAGGCUUUCCUGACCUAUACGAACCUGUCAUAGAGGUACUAAAGGAUUUUCCGAUUCCAAAUGAGGAGAAAAUAAAACAUCUGCUCAGUCAAAAUGCCUGGACAUCACAGAAGAAUGCAUUAGCAUCUUUAUGUCCAAGAAUUGCUACCAAAUCAGAUACAGGAAGGGUAGGACUGGCCAACCUAGGCAAUACCUGCUACAUGAACAGUGUCAUCCAGGCCCUUUUCAUGGCUUCUGACUUCAGGCAUGCUGUAAUGCUACUGAAGGAGAGUGAUUCACAAUCAUUAAUGAUGAAACUUCAAUGGCUGUUUGCUUUUCUGGAACAUAGUCAGAGACCAGCCAUCUCCCCCAGUAGCUUUUUGAAAGCUUCAUCUCCUCCGUGGUUUAACCCAGGAGCCCAACAGGACUGUUCAGAAUACUUAAAAUAUCUGUUGGACAGGCUACAUGAGGAAGAGAAAACUGGUAAAAGAAUUUCCCACCGACUGAAAUGCACAUGCAAUGAAAGUCAUAUAGAAGACCAAGUUCCAGGAAAAACAUUAAUAGAAAGAAUGUUUGGUGGAAAGCUGGUGACCAAGAUCCAUUGUCGUUGCUGUCGUAAUGUUUCUUUCCGAGAGGAAGCUUUCACAGAUCUGUCCCUGGCUUUUCCACCACCCAGUAAGGCUCUACAAGGAUCUGGUAGUUCUUAUGACUAUAAUAUUUCAAUGGAAAUAACUGGUUCAGAUAAUCUGACAACUCAUAUUAAACCACAACACAAGAUUUCUAAAUCUCCAAUUAAACAGAAGCAAACAAAAUCUAAGGAGCCUUCAGUACGAGUCGUACCAUUUGAAAUAUUGAGCUCUCAUGCAAAAGAAAGGAAGGAAGAUCCUUUGUACUCUAGAAUAAUGAGAGAUGAUAGUUCCUACUCAUUUAGCUCCAUGCCAAAGAAUGACUUUGCAAUGGCCACCGGGGAAAAAGCAUGUAACUCAGCAAGUUCUAGAUCAGUGUCUGACCUCAUAAACUACUUUCUUUCACCGGAAAUACUGUCUGGUGACAACAGAUAUUACUGUGAUAAAUGUACCUCUUUACAGGAAGCGGAAAAAGUGGUGGAAUUAACGGGAGGUCCGCAUUACCUCAUUUUGACCUUGUUAAGGUUCUCCUUUGAUCUCAUAACUAUGAGGCGAAAAAAAAUUCUAGAUAAUGUGUCAGUUCCUUUGGUUCUCAAACUCCCCAUUAGGAUUACCACAGAAAAGGCCUAUGACCUCUGUUGUGUCGUGGUGCACUCUGGGAUAUCUUCAGAAAGUGGACAUUACUAUUGCUAUGGCAGAGAAUGUAUCGAUACUAAUGCUGGAAUUGGCCCAAGAGUCCCUUUGGAAGCUGAGAGUAGAGCUAAUGAUCAGUGGUAUUUAUACAAUGAUACUAGAGUUUCGUUUUCAUCUUUUGAAUCUGUCAGCAAUGUUACAAAUUACUUUCCCAAAGACACUGCUUAUGUGUUGUUCUACAGACAGCGAGGAGCUAGACAUACAUGCUUAGAUGGUGAACAUAUUUUGGCUAGUGUCAGACUGCAUGGUGAAGCAGCAUUAAGCAAAGAGUUGAUGGAAGCAAUCUCCAAGGAUAAUAUUCAGUAUUUACAGGAAGAAGAAAAGGAAGCACGAAAAAGAUCUAACAGUACACCACCUGCUACAACUCCCAUAUGGUGGAGACGUUUUGACGAUGAUGAAAACGGUGGUCCUUCUGGAAGUUGUGGUCCAGCUGCUGGGGGAGGAAGUGAUUUGGGUUCAUUUGGUCGUUUGAUUUUCUAAAUAUGAUUCGGAGCCUCUUCAUUCUCUACCUCAGUUGUACUACUUACAUGGUAAAGGCUGCAUGACUUAAUCUUUUGCAGAGAUCAAAAGAGAUCUGUUUGACAAGAUGCUCAAGAUGUUUGCCUACAAUAUUAUAGAUUGCUGCUUUGUGAUUGUUGAGGAAGUAGCAUUUGGCAAUUUUGUGGAAUUGCUUUAGUAAAAUGCAGAAUUGAAAGGUAUUUAGGUAAUAGCAUAUAAACAAAAUGCAACAAAUUUGGUUAGCGCUGGGUUUCACUUCCAAAAUACAAUAUUCCUUGUUCUUCAAUAACUAUUAAGUACCUGCUGUUGGAGGCACGCAUAAAAUGGCUGAUUUAUGAAUGUCAGUGAUUGUCACUAUAGGUUUAUGACAUUCUAUUACUGUACUUUUGAAAUAAGUGUUUUUCUCUUUUUGUGACUCUUCCUUCAUCCUGACUUUAAGAUGGCUGCAGCAGUUUGAACUUUGAGGAAUGAGUUAGCCUACAAUUAUCCCUUCCUCAGGGGUGGUAGUAAGUUGAGGGGUUAAUGCUGGACUGUCCAGCUGGGAUCAGAAACUUGUAGGGAACCAUCCCUUCUGUACAUGGUAUGCAUUUGUGUACUGCAACAUGUUGGGCAGGCUACAAUCAACUGUCAACACCGCCCCCUAACAUCCAUGUGCACGCAUUCAAAGUUGUCAGUGCCUAGAAACAUAGAAUAUUACUCUAAUUGAAAUAUUAGAAGGCUAUACUGUACUCUAUUGUCAGCAUUGCUCCUUAUAUCCUGAUGUAUAGUAUGCCUUCGCAUGGCAGAUGGUGUCCAAUUAGUUGCCUAAAAUAUCAUCAUUUGCAUCUGAGAUAGAAGUUUGUUGCAUUAUUAAUAUUAUUUAAAUCCAGAAAUGUAAACAUCAUAGUAAAACCAAGCUAUUUCUGUAGAACAGUUUUAUUUGAGGAAUUACUCCUGACUAACCCUACACUCGGUUUCAUGCACUGCUAUCCUUUUCUGUACAUAGUUACUAAAUCUAUGGAGUUCUAGGAAUAAAGUAUGUAUAAUUAAGUAUUUCAAUACCAGUGCUGAAUUUUGCACCUUGUUGCCUCUUCUGAAAAAUCUUUUCACUUGGCAAAAAUGGUCACUACCAACUGAGGCAUUUUUGUAGCCAAGUAGGAAAAUUAAAUAAUCAGGAGGAUGGAGUUGGCGAGGGAGGUCAGAAUUAGGUAGUGGCAUCAUCACCAGUAAACACACAAAAGUCUCAUGAAUGUAAAUGGGAGUUCUGUCCUUACCUGACUUUCAGCCAUACACAGGAUAGUUGGAUCUAUGUAUUCUUGCCUUUUUAAACACCCUAUUUCCCUGUUUCUGGAGAGGCCUAGAUUAAAGAAGGGAAGAAAUGAUUUCCACAACAGAAAAAAGAACAAAAAAUAAGAAUUAUGCGUUUGGAUAUACACAUUGCAGAAGGGAGUAAGUUGCUUUCCUACAAAAUCCCCAAAUAACAAAAAUUACUUGAUCGCAGAAUUUUACAACAUGUAUUUGAUGUUUUUCUUUUGCAGCCUGAUGUAUACCUAGGAGUCUUUUUAUAUAUGUAAAAAAAAAACCCGUUAUAAAUGAGUUAGUACACUAUUCUUUUUACCUUUACUACAAGUUUGCCCAGACUUAUGCGAAUAAAGAGUCCUAUCAGUUAACAGCAUGGCUGCUAAAUGUGAUAUAUGUGGGAAAGCUUUGUGCAAAAAGAAAAAAUGCUUUAAAAAUUGUGCCAUGAAAAACUGCAUAUAACUGUUUUAAAUUGACAACCUCAUUGAGAAUGGCUACAAUCCUGGCCCAUGUGAAAUAUAAACCUGGUGUAGUUCUGUCCUAAUUGAAGCAGUUUUACUAGUCGGACUUCUUUGUUAUACAAAGGCAGGGUAAAACUCAACUUUGGUACAAAACAGGUGGUAACAGAUUGGGUAUGGUGUAGAGUGGAUGGCUGAUCUAUUAGUGUCAGUUUUGUAACCCUGUUAAAGUUGAAUUUUACUUCCUAAGUCUCUACAAAGGUAAUACCAAGUAUUGCAAUUAAAUUUAACAUUUUAAGAUCUCUGGAGAUGUGGCUUCUCCGAAUAAAUUAUUCCAGGAAGGUUGCAAUUUUGAAUUCUUGAACACUCUGUCCAUGUCAAUAUUGUGUUAAUGUUAAACUGCAUAGUGCAGAAAUGUAAAAUUGGGGUAGCAGAUACAGGUUUUUGGUUACUGUUUCACAAACUUGUGAAAUUAUUGGUGCUUUUCUAACAAAAGUAUUUACUCAGAUAUUAAUUCAUGUUAACUUUUGAAGGUGUUGAUAGACUUAUAGUAAUGCUGGAUUCUUUCUGUAACCCGCAUACAUAAUUUUAUCACCCAUUAACCAAAAAUUGUAGGGUUUUUUGUUCUGCCUGUAGUCAUUUUCAAAAGGCUAAUAGUUAAUCACUGAAUACUUCAGCAGUGAAUUUUCUGUGAUCACAAGUCAGUUUAUGGUGCCAAUGAAUUUCCCUUGUAAGUAGUUGUAGAGAGUCCUCUAGUUAAAACAGUAGGUAAAUUCUUAGGCAGCAAAGUAUACUUCAUAAUUUUAUGCUAGAGAGUGAUAGGACAUAGAUUAGGUGUUUCUACCUUUUUUACUCUUUCCUCUCUGAAUUCUCAUAUCUAGUCCUUCAUUUCUGCUGUACCUUCCAUAGCUGUAAGAAAAAUACAUGGAUGAGUCAUUUUGAGCUUUUUUUAUACACCUCUAAACAGGUAAUUCAAGUUAGUGGAGCAACUUAUGUUUUUGUCAGUUAUUGGAUGAAAGGAGGAUGCUAUCUAGGAAUAUAGAAUGAAUAUAGAAAAUUUGGUAUUUGAACAAUUUACAUGCUUUCUCUAAUGUCAGAGUUUCCGAUUUGAAGUAUGAAGAUGUACUGCCUUAAUCCUUAACGUUUCUGUAUUUACAUAGAAUUCUGUACUUUGCCUCAAAACUGCAAACUAAAGUGAGCCUAUGUUUUUCUAUUGUAAUUUAAAAUAUAGAUUGCAUUUACAACUAGACUGUUAUAUGCAACUAUUCUAAUCAACUAGGAUAACGGAUAUUGAUGUGUAAUGAAGGCCUCAAUUCAUUAACUAAUAACUGUUGCAAAAGUAGCUGAGUUUGAUGAAUACACUGAUGUUUUGUAAACAGCAAUAUAUUUAUUCCUUGCAUCCAUUAAUGGAAUUAUAUAGACUGUAUAUGUAAGAUAGAAUAUGCUAUUGAAAAACCUUAAAACCCUUGUGUUUAUAUAUGCAAAUAUAGUUUGCCAUAAUAAAAUGCAAAACAGAUGCAACUGA